AUGCCUGUUCAAACCAGAUGUCAGUGGAUUCAAGACCCACCAUGCACAAAAAGUGGCCAGGUCGUUUGUGAAGGUUGUUCGAGAAAGCAUUGCGCUCAACAUCACUGCUCCCAUCGACAAGAACUCGAAGCCAAGUUAGACGAACUUCUUCGUAACAAUGAAACAGUACUAGAUCAAGCUCAAGCUGCUAAUCCAAAGGACAGCGCUUUGCAGCAAAUUGACGAAUAUGAAGCUCAGAUGACUGCAAAAAUCCGUGAAAGUGCUGACAACGCACGUCAAAAAGUGAGACGUAUAAUCGAAGAUGGAAAGAAUGAUGUGAAAAAAGAACUUCAAGAGAUCAGAAACGGCAUGCUAGAAAAAAAACAAAAUGAUGAUUACUUUGAAAAUGAUCUGAAGGCGAUUGAAAAUAAAAUGAACGAUGUACAGAAAAACGCAGCUCGGCAACAACAGAUUAAAGUUAUAUUGCAGCCAAUUCAACAAUGGGAUCAUUUGAUUCAGAUCGAAAAACCUGUCUCUAUUAGAAGAGGUAGGAAACGUUUUGAUUAG